GCCCGGCGCGCGUGGCUGGGCGGCGGAGAACAAGGAGGAGGAGCCGGAGGAGGAAGUCAGCGGCCCGGUGGGCGCAACCCCGGCGAUGGCGCUGCCGCUGCGGCUGUUCGGAUGCGCGCGCCGGACGAUCCUGGGGUCCGCGGAGGCUGCGCUCUGGGGUUUGAAGUCAAUAAAAGGAAGCUGCCAUAAUUUUUGUACUGCUAUUUUUAAAGAUGUCACUUAUAAGGAACUUAAGAACCUCUUGAAUUCCAAAAAAAUUAUGUUAAUUGAUGUUAGAGAGACAUGGGAAAUUGUCGAGUACGGAAAAAUUCCUGGGUCUGUCAAUAUACCAUUGGAUGAGGUAGGUGAAGCUCUACAGAUGAACCCAAAAGACUUCAAAGAGAAGUACAAUGAAGUAAAACCAUCCAAAUCUGACAGUCUAGUGUUUUCUUGUUUAGCCGGAGUGAGAAGCAAGAAGGCUUUGGACACGGCCAUAUCUCUGGGCUUUAACAGUGCUCAACACUAUGCUGGAGGAUGGAAGGAAUGGGUAACCUAUGAAUUUUCAGAGAAGAAACACGGAAAUUGAAUUCUGGAAUACAAGUUGGCACGUCCCUUGUGUACGUGGCAGCCUAGGAUAGUGAAAUGAACAAAAGAGUAAUAAUCUAGCCCUGGCAUCACUGGUUAAUGGAAAGGGGAUUUUGUGUAAUUCGAUUAUUUGUUGGAUCUUUUCCUUAACUGCAAGUUGAGAAUACUACGCACCCUUGCCUAUUCCCAAAGGCUAUGGAGGAUUGAAAUAAUGUAUGUGACUUGCCAUGGAAAUAUAAGGGUUGGGAUUCUAGAAAUUAAUUUUUAAAUAGUUUAGUAUAGUACAAUAGUAUUCCCAAGCCCAGGUUACUUGUAUUACCCAAUCAUAACAUAUAACCAUUUGUGUUAGCCUAGCUUCUAUUCAUUAAAGAGGCUAUGAGCUAGACAAGUUAUUUUUUUUUAAUGAUUAAAAUACAUUUGUAAAUUUUCCCAUUUUAGAAAAUUCAUAAAAUAUAUUUUCCUGUAAUGAUAUGCAGUACAGAUAUUUCUGAUUGAUAUACCUUUCAUCCAUAAUGAAUAUUUAGCGAAUAUUGAAUAAAAUAAAAACAGCUAGUAAGCAUUUCUUGAACACUUUUAUUUGGCUUAGAUCCUAUGCUACAUAUUCCAAAUGCUAAAAAGAGAAUAAAAAAGAUGCGCUUCUUCUUUGAAGAGGUUUGAUUUCUAGCAGAGGUUUAUAAAAGUUAAAUUUUAAAAAGCAGAUUUUGGGGGCGCCUGGGUGGCUCAGUCGGUUAAGCAUCUGCCUUCGGCUCAGGUCGUCAUCCCAGGGUCCUGGGAUCGAGCCCCACGUCUGGCUCCCUGCUCAGCGGGGAGCCUGCUUCUCCCUCUCCCUCUGCCUGCAGCUCUGCCUACUUGUGCUGUCUUUCUCUCUGUCAAAUAAAUAAAAUCUUAAAAAAAAAAAAAAAAGCAGACUUUGUCUUAAAACACCAAGAAUCUGAGAUCCAGAAAAGUAGGUGAAAUAUGAAUGAUGAAAAUACAUUAACACCAUCCAAAGACUUAUGACCGUGUUGUAACCAGCAUGGUAGUGAUAUGAUUUGCAACCUAAAAAAUUAAUAUGAUCUAUAAAGAUACAAAUAUCAAAGUGAUUGCUUCUGCAGAGAGAAGAUUAACUGGAAUAAGCAAGGAGGGAAAUUUCUAGGGUGAUGGAAAUGCUUUAGAUCUUGAACAAGGUGUUGGUACAUAGGUAAUACAUUUAUCAAAACUGAACACUUGAAAACAUACAUUUUCUGUAAUUAUCUCAAUUAAAAAUAAAGAAAAUAGGGAAAAAAAGUUUAAAUGUAAACAACUCUCAUUGGCAUGAGUAUAUGCCUUAGUGCCCUAGUGGUACAACUCUGUGCUUUCUUCCCUCUGUGCCUCUUCAGGCCUAAAUGUGUUUCAUCUCAUUUCAGUAGUCAUUCAGAUUGUGUAAGGCCUAGGAAGUAACUAUCAGGACUUGGUUUGUCCUAAAUGGUAUUAUAAAGCCACUGGAGAAUCUGGAGUAGGGAAGUGAUGUCACCACCUUGAACCUCUAUUUCUGAUAAUGUCCGUCUAGUUUCUAGCAGAGCAAACUCCCUAUAAGAACUAGAAAAGCUGGAAAGUAAACACACACGCACUCAUGCAUGCAUGCACGCUCCUCAGUGUUGGGUCAUCCUUUACAGCUUUCCUGCUCUCUGGACCAUAGCUCUUCAGGUCCUUGCUGCUUUAGUAAUUCCUUCAUGCCUUUAAAUUGAUCUUUAUGUAUCUAUAUAAACAAAGGUUACUAGUAUGAACAUACUAAGGUGGGAUUUGAAGAGCCACAGUCUCAGAGAGAAGGGGAGUUGUGGUUGAAGUACUGGGGGCCCAUCAAGGAAUGAGAACCUGGGUAAAUACACCGGACGUUUAGUUGGAACCCCUGGGAAACUAUACCCUAGGAGUAAAGGUGAGCCAGAAAUUGACCGACCCUCAUAAAAUGUUAAGACCGGCUUUGAAUCAACUAAAUCCCUGAAUGAAUUAAGGUGAUCUUCCUGAUAACGUAAUGGCCUACCAGCAGUAAAUCCUCUCUUGGAGAAAGAUGUCAUUAUCUAGAGUAAGGGGUUGGCAACAAUAAAUAUUUUAGGUUUGUGGGCCAUAAGGUCUCUGUUGCAACUGCCCCACUCUGCCUGCUACUGUAGCACAAAGCAACCACAGUACAUACACGAAUGAGUGUGGCUGGGUCCCAGCCUAACUACGGCAAAGUACAUAAAUGAAUGUGGCUGGGUCCCAACCAAACUACGGCGACUUAGGUUUGAAUUUUAUAUUUCAUGUGUUGCCACAUACUCUUCUUUUAAUUAUUUUUCAACCAUUUAAAAAUAUGGCAAACCUUCUUAGCUCAAAGGCCAGGCAAAACUAGAUGGCAAGUAAGAUUUGGCCCAUGGGGCACAGUUUACAGACCCCUGAGCCAGAACCACAAACAUCCCCUACAGUUCGUCAUAUUCAAUGUUCAUUGUAUUCUAAUAAAUUCUAUAAAAUUUAUUAGAAAUAGCAGUAAAUAAGACCUCAUGAUUGAAAAAGAAGGAAAAAAAAGAAAAGGAAGAAAAAAAUAAUAGAAACAAAUCUACAGAUAAUCUACAUGUUGGAAUUUUCAGACAGACUUUAAAAUAACUGAUUUAUGGGGCGCCUGGGUGGCUCAGUCGUUAGUGUCUGCCUUCGGCUCAGGUCAUGAUCCCAGGGUCCUGGGAUCGAGCCCCGCAUCAGGCUCCCUGCUCGGCGGGAAGCCUGCUUCUCCCUCUCACUCCCCCUGCUUGUGUUCCUUCUCUCACUGUGUCUCUCUCUAUCAAAUAAAUAAAAUCUUUAAAAAAUAAAAUAAAAUAACUGAUUUAUAUAUUCAAUGACUUAAAUGACAAAAAUUAUUAAAGUGAUGAAAACUACAAAAAAGUAUCAAAUAGAGAUACAAUAACUGAAAUUAAAAACCCAGCAGAUGGUGGAUUGGCUAAACAGACACAGCUGAUGAGGAUUAAUAAAAAUGAAAAACCCAAGGUACACAUUAACAUGACUUUUAAGUAUGGGAUAGGGACUUAGUAUCUCCAACUUGGAGGAAAUUUAACCAGAUUUUACAAUUAUAAUACCUUGGAUUCCUGGUACUUUUUUAAAGAAAACUUAUGACAAUGUAUUCUGUUUACCCAAAUAUAACUGCACUUGUAUAUUUUUGAAGAAGCAAAGGGUUCAUAUGUUAGAAUAAUUUGUUUUCGGGCGCCUGGGUGGCUCAGAUGGUUAAGCGUCUGCCUUCGGCUCAGGUCAUGAUCCCAGGGUCCUGGGAUCGAGUCCCACAUCGGGUUCGCUGCUCCUUGGGAGCCUGCUUCUCCCUCUGCCUCUCUUUCUCUCUGUCUCUCAUGAAUAAAUAAAUAGGUGAAUCUUUAAAAAAAAGAAAAAGAAUAAUUUGUUUUCUAUAUUCAAAUUUAUAAAGACAAGCUUCAUUGUCAGUUAUUCUGAAAUAAAAAUUUAACAAAUGUAAUGAAGGGGCGCCUGGGUGGCUCAGUUGGUUAAGCAACUGCCUUCGGCUCAGGUCAUGAUCCUGGAGUCCCAGGAUCGAGUCCCGCAUCGGGCUCCCUGCUCGGCAGGGAGUCUGCUUCUCCCUCUGACCCUUCCCCGUCUCAAGCUCUCUCUCUCUCUCAUUCGCUCUCUCAAAUAAAUAAAUAAAUAAAUCUUAAAAAAAAAAAAAAAGGUAUCUGAAGUUGCACCAAACUGUACACUGAAAGUCUUAAGAGCAAAAUCAUUCCUAAGUUCUAUAGUAUCAGAUGCCUUAAAAUAUAUGUAGUAUAUGAUUUAAUACAUCAUUUAAAAAGUGGCUGUUUUAUUUCAGUCAUGGGAGAAUACCACUUUUACUCUGCUAAUGCCACAGUAGAUCAAAAGUUUUAGAAAUGUAGAAUAGCCAGAUUACAUUUUUUUUUUUAUUUUUUGACAGAGAGACAGAGAG